AUGAUAUUCAUUAUAUUUGACAGACUUUUCUUAUUCAUAUUUACAUUUGCUGAAAGAUUUUUACAGAAUUUGGCUGAGAAAGUCUUCGAAAAGUCUAUUACUGCAGUUGCUCAUAUUCUGAUACAAAUAGAAAAGAAAAAUAGUUAAAUAACUAUCAAGAAUGAAAAAGUAAUUAUUACCUAAAAGCACGAGCUCAUAGCUAACUCAGUAUGUCAACCAUACAAAAUGCUUGGCUGA